GUCGCGACUGGCGGCGGCGGCGGCAUCGGCGGCGGCGGGCCCGGAGGCGGGCGCGGAGCCGGGGCGCGAUGGAGCGGAAGAGCCCCAGCGGGAAGAAGUUCCGCAGCAAGCCACAGCUGGCGCGUUACCUGGGCGGCUCCAUGGACCUCAGCACCUUCGACUUCCGCACGGGGAAAAUGCUGAUGAACAAGAUGAAUAAGAGCCGCCAGCGCGUGCGCUACGACUCCUCCAACCAGGUCAAGGGCAAGCCUGACCUGAACACGGCGCUGCCCGUACGGCAGACCGCAUCCAUCUUCAAGCAGCCGGUGACCAAGAUCACCAACCACCCCAGCAACAAGGUCAAGAGCGACCCGCAGAAGGCGGUGGACCAGCCGAGGCAGCUGUUCUGGGAGAAGAAGCUGAGCGGCCUGAGUGCCUUCGACAUCGCUGAGGAGCUGGUCAGAACCAUGGACCUGCCCAAGGGCCUGCAGGGGGUGGGCCCAGGCUGCACGGAUGAGACGCUGCUGUCGGCCAUCGCCAGCGCACUGCACACCAGCACCCUGCCCAUCACCGGCCAGCUCUCGGCAGCCGUGGAAAAGAACCCUGGCGUGUGGCUGAACACCGCGCAGCCCCUGUGCAAAGCCUUCAUGGUGACUGACGACGACAUCAGGAAGCAGGAGGAGCUGGUGCAGCAGGUGCGCAAGCGCCUGGAGGAGGCGCUCAUGGCCGACAUGCUGGCCCACGUGGAGGAGCUGGCCCGGGAUGGGGAGGCGCCCCUGGACAAGGCCUGUGCUGAGGACGAGGAGGACGAGGAGGAGGAAGACGAAGAGCCUGAGCCCGAGCGGGUCUAGCACAGGUGCUGCAGGCCGGCCAGGGUGACGGCGGCGGCUCGCUCCCUCCCCAGCCAGGCUGCCCUCGCCUCUUCCCGAUGGCCUGCCGGCUGGGUUGCAGACUUCCCUCAGCCUGGCCUGGACCAGGUGGGGGCCAGGCCAGCAGGAGGCGGGCCUCGUGCGGGGAGCCCCCGGUGGGCCUCGGACUCACUUGCCCUGCGCUUAUGGCAAGGAGCCCCACAUUGAAAACUGAAGGUCGGGGCGCAGCUGGGAGGCAGCCUUCACCGUGGUCACCUCCCUGCCUCCUCACCAUAAGAAGAAGCCCUGCUCGGCACCAAGGAGCUACAAGCUUUGUUGGGCCGCUGGAGGAAGGUUCUGGAAACACACCUGGCUGUUCCUGACUUUCAGCGUCACAGGCCAGGGUCUGGACUGCUACCAGGGUCUCGGGGUCACCAGCCUCCCUGAGCUAGGGCCAGCAGCCAGCCAGGAACUUGCUUUCCUUCAAUAAAGCGAUGGUAGGAACUUCUCA